GAAGCUGAGCUUAAAAAGUAUUCGUUCGAUUCACGUGAAUGGAAGAAAAUAAUGUGCCAAGGUGUUCCAAAGAAAUUACAAUUAUCUUCAAUUGCACUGUCUGGUAAUAUAAUCAUUAUAUGUAGCAGUAAUGGUCUUGUAAACGGUUUCAGUAAUCAUUUGGAUGUUGUAAGCAAUUUUAACGUGUACAUAGGUACGAUUUUAGAAAACAAAAUUCUAUUAUAAUAUUACAAUAUACCUUGAUAAUAUUUAAAAAAAAGUUAAUUUCAGAAUUUAUUUACAAUUUCAGCUAAUUUAGCUAAUGAAUUCAAAGAAGGCGGAAUGAAAUUUGAACGAUUAGAACUGUUUAGCAAUAUUCAUCCAAUGACAUUUUUCAACCAAUUUGUUAUGAUGGAAGAUCAAUUUAUGUUUUCAGUAAGUUGUCGCUUAAAAAAUUUAGUUGUUCAACAACUUGACCUGAGUACUCGGAAAUUAGAAAUAUUAAAUUCAUACGACAUUCUGCUGGAUUCUGUACAAAAUGUAUUAUUGUAUAAAAAUACAAUAUAUAUAUUUGGAAAUAAUUUACUCGUGAGUAUUUAUUAUUGUUUUUCAGUUAGUAUAAAAUAUCUAAUUAUGAAUAAAUGUUUAAAUUCCAUAUCCACAAAACACCUACAUUUUAUUCAAAUUAAAAUGUUAAUAGCCUCGCCUUUAGUCAUGAAUUGAUAUUGAAAUGAUAUAAAUAAUUAAAUUAAUUUUUAUUUAUCAAUAAUAUUUAAUAUAAAAUGAUUUUCAGCUGUCGAGCACAAAUAUUUCAUCAAAAAUUUCAUAACUAUCAAUAUUGUGUAAAUUCAGUAUUUUGUAUUAUACAUUUUAAAUAUAAUACACGAUCUCUUGAUAGAAUAAGUGUAGUUUACAAUUCUUAUAAUUGUUUAGGCCUUUAGGGCGCCGUUUUUAGUGUUUUUUUUUUUUUAUGAAAAAACCACUUUUUGACUCUCUGUACUAUGCUAAAAUAAUAGUGGGAUAUAGACAUAAAUCAAAGAUUAAAAAACGUAGAGUAUAAAAAUUAUUAAAGAUAUUCGAAAAAAAAAAACCAAUACCUAUUUAUGAGUAUUUUUAAUUAUUGAUUUACAACUUACUACUUCUUUUAUUACUUAAUAUAUUUUAGUAUUUACAAAUAAAGUUGUUUGCAACGUAAUUUAACAUAAACAAAUUUGAUAUUAUGAUUUUAUUUCGUAGUCCUUGUGUUAUUAAGUACCAGGUUUAUGCAAAAAUAGAGCUGAUUAGUAUUAUAUAAGACAACUACCUACUACUUUGUCUCUUCAAUAAAUAUUUUCUUUCUGUAUAAUAAAUAACCCUACACUGUUACUUACUAGUUGAAGAUUAAAAUCAAUUUUCCUUGAUUUUCAAAUAAAAAUAUUUUUUAUUGUGUAUAAAUAUAAAAACCAUUUAAUUAUUAUGCCAAUAAAGUAUCAUUCAAGUAUUACCUAUUUUAAAACAUGUGGAUAUUUAUAUAAUGAUUAUUAAUCAUAUGUCUACAGAAUUUCCAUACAUUCAAUUUGGCCACCAAAAAUUGGAAAAUUCUUACAGCUAUGAAGGCCAGGGAGCCAAAUUAUCCAAUUAAACGAGUAGACUAUAGCUGCGUUCAGUGUACAAAAAACCUAAAUUUGGUGUAUACAUGUGGUGGUCACAAUGACAUUAAUGCCUUCAAAGAUGUUUGGCGUAUAGAUUUGAACAUCUUACAAUGGCAAAAAUUCGUAGAGUUUACUUUACCUAGCCCUAUAUACUGGCAUUCGACUACAAUAACGCCCUCUGGCCGGUUAUGCUGUUAUGGUGGUCUUGUUACAAGUAAAACAGGGUUUACAAAUAACGUAACUAGUGCAUGGACCACAAUACCCACAUUAAAAAUCAUCUGUUGGGAAGCCAUGAUUUAUUAUUUUAAAGAACAGAUGUUUAAUUCUACCACUGAAAAUCUAAAGAAAAUCGGUGUGCCCCCUGAGUUUUACAAUAGAAUAAUAGAAGCUAGAGAAACCAAAACUUCACUUGAAUAA